GCGGCGGGUGUCAGCAGCGAGCAGCGGCGGGCGGCGCUCCCCGGUGCGCCCCGCUCCGCUCCCGCCCCGCUCCGCCGCCGAUGGCCGCCGGUCGCCGCGCUCCCCCGGAGCCCGGCGGGGGUCCGGUAUUACUUCAAGGCAUCUUCGGUGCGGGACCGAGCCCGGGCGGUGCCGCCUGCUCGCUGGCCCUGACGGCCCGGGAGCUGCAGGUGCGGCGUCCCGGCGGCUCCCCCGGGGGCUCGGCCGGUGCCGACGCCGCGCUCCGCCUGGCCGACUGCGUGGGCUCCGCCGCCUUCCCCGCCGCCGCCGCCGCCGCCUGCUUCUCCCUCGUGUGCUACCCACGGCGGGGGCCGCGCUGGGGCCCCCCCGCCCGCCAGCGCCUGGAGCGGACCUUCCGCGUCUGCGGGGGACCCGACGCCGAGGGCAACCUGCGCAUCGCCCAGGCGUGGAGCCGCGCCAUCCGGGAGCUCUCCGUGCCCGCCGUGCCCACGCAGGACGGUGACAGCUACGGGGUGCUGCCGCGGCCCUGCCGCGCGCUGGUGCUGCUGAACCCGCAGAGCGGCGCCGGCCGCGCGCUCGAGGACUUCCAGGCGGUGGUGCAGCCCAUGCUGGCCGAGGCCGAGAUCGCCACCACUGUCUUCGUCACCGAGAGACCCCACCACGCGCAUGAGAAGGUGCGGGAUGAAGACCUGUCGCAGUGGGACACGCUGGUGGUCAUGGCCGGGGACGGGCUGCUGUUCGAGGUGGUGAACGGGCUCAUGGAGCGGCCGGACUGGGAGGACACCAUGAAGAAGCCGCUGUGCAUCCUGCCGGGGGGCUCUGGGAACGCCCUGGCUGCCUCCAUCAACCACUACGCGGGCAACGAUCACGUGGCCAAGAAGAAGCUACUGACGAACUGCACCUUCAUCCUGUGCAAGGGGCUGCACACGCAGAUGGACCUGGUCUCGCUGAGCACGGCCUCGGGCAAACGCUUCUUCUCCUUCCUUGGCUUCGGCUGGGGCUUCAUCUCGGACGUGGACAUCGACAGCGAGAAGUACCGCCGGCUGGGCAACGCCCGCUUCACGCUGGGCACCCUCCAGUGCCUGGCCAAGCUGCGGGUGUACCAGGGCCGCCUCUCCUACCUGCCCGCUGUCCCCGAGCAGGGCACCCCCCCUGCGCCCAGAGACCCCCGGACACCCGUCACCAACGGCCAGGCCGGCCACAUCCUGCCGCCGGCGGGGACGGAGGCGGCCGGGGCUCUGCCCGCUGACGCGCUGCUGGCGCCGCUGUGCCAGCCGGUGCCGGCGCACUGGACGGUGGUCCCCGAGGAGGAGUUCGUCUCCGUCUACGCCAUCUACCAGUCCCACCUGGGCACCAACCUGCUGAUGGCACCGGCAGCCCGGCUGCACGACGGCUGCAUCCAUCUCUUCUACCUGAAGGCCGGCAUCAGCCGCGUGGCGCUGCUGAAGCUGUUCCUGGCCAUGGCCAGGGGGACCCACCUGGACUUGAACUGUCCCCACCUGCACUAUGUCCCCGUCCGGGCUUUCCGCCUGGAGCCGCGGGCGGCCGCGGGCAUCAUGACAGUGGACGGCGAGGCGCUGGCCUGCGAGCCCGUGCAGGGCCAGAUCCACAGCCGCCUCUGCCGCGUCCUCAGCGGCUCCUGAGCAGCUGGGCUCAGCCCCCCGCAGUGCUGAGCCGCCGGCACGGUCCAGCACGAGGGUGGCAGCGUCUUCCUCCCACUCAGGAACCUCCUCCUCCUCCCAUAGCAAUAGCUCUUGGGGGCUGCGGGCACUCGUCCCCUCCCUUGCCCCCACGCCUAGCUUUACCCCCUUGGGACAGCCACCAGCACUGUCCCAAAAAUGAGCCACGAGCCCCAUCAGGUACUCUGUGCCGGUGAGACGCCAGCAUGUUUUAUCCUGGUACGAGGUCCUGGCCCCGGGCGGCUGCGCCGGCACAGCCCCGUCCCCUCCCCGGCUCAGACGCACACGGUGGCACUGCUCGCGCCCCCACCGCGGAGCCAGUGCCCACCCCCAGGGAUGGUCAGGACCAAUAUAUCGAACAGAAGAAAUCAACUUUUUUAAGGAUGUUUCUACCCAAAGCUUCCUGUAGAAGCAGAGUUUAUUCUUGUGAGAAAUGCAAUAAAUAUCUAGCGUUUGCAAAAAAACAUCCCCUGGGUUUUAAAUCGGAGCUCUCGGCUGCCGGCUGGGCAGGGCUGCGGUGCCGUCACCCCGGGCUGGGCUCACGCAGCCCCGCCAGGCGCCGCCA